UCCAGUGCAUCAACUAGCUCCCAGAAGCCUCCACGAAUCAGCCGCUGGUUAUCUGGUUAUCAGGUUGGGUUUGAAUGAGCGCGCGCUAGACGGAGCUGCGCACCGACACGGACGUCGCUCUCAGUUCAGUUUCAGCCCGGGACGCGUCGUAAACAGUUCUUCCCUGUCAUUCUGCUCCUGUCUUUGCAUGGUGAUUAUUUCUAUAAUAUUGCACGGUUUAAAAACGAGUUAUGAAGGCUUCAGAAGCCACAAAUCCUCCCAGGUGCGCUGCGAAAAUGGAGAGAGACUCAGGCUUGGGAGGGAAGCAGCAUUAUCUCCGAACCAUCACCGGUGCAAUCCCGUUUGUUUUCUCCGUCGUGUCUGUCGCCUUUUGCAUUCUCCUGGGGAUUCAAACCAGUGACAUAAAGAACAGAAUGCUCGAUUUAGAAAGCGGCAAUGGAGAGCACAUUUUACACCCGUUUGCUGAGGUUUCCAUAGACGAGUUUAACUCAAUGGUACAGGAGAGAGUGGACGAGGUCCUGUCACAGCGCUCCUAUGAACAUUUUGCACGCGCAAGGACUGCACGUGAAGUCCCAUCUGACUGCAACUGCCCACCAGGCCCACCGGGAAAGCGAGGAAGAAGAGGACACAACGGAGAACCUGGACCCCCUGGUCCACCAGGUCCGAAAGGUGAGAAGGGAGAUCAAGGAGACCAGGGACCGCGGAUGGUCUUCCCUAAGAUCAAUCAUGGCUUUCUUUCUGCUGAUCAGCAACUCAUUAAACGUCGACUCAUUAAGGGUGAUCAGGGUCAAGCAGGCCCUCCAGGACCUCCUGGACCUCCAGGUCCUCCUGGUCCCAGAGGACCCCCAGGAGACACAGGGAAGGAUGGCCCCAGGGGAGCUCCUGGGCUACCAGGUGAUGCAGGAACUCCAGGAGAGCUGGGCCCUAUGGGACCAGAGGGCCCUCCAGGACUCAAGGGUUCCACUGGGUCACCUGGCGUUCCGGGUAUUGAUGGAUUGAAGGGGGAUUUAGGUAUGACCGGAUUAGAUGGAAUCCCUGGUGCCAAGGGUGACAAAGGAGACCAAGGUGAAAAGGGUGACAUGGGAGAAGAGGGGCCAAAAGGUGAUGUUGGUGAGAAGGGUGAUUCAGGGUCUUCUGCGGCUGGCAUUAAGGGAGAACCAGGUGAACCUGGACGAAGCGGGCUAAAGGGAGAACCAGGACUUCCAGGGCUGCCUGGACUUCCCGGAAUAAAGGGUGAACCUGGAUUUCUCGGCCCACAGGGUGAGCCAGGUUUGCCAGGACUACCUGGAACCAAGGGAGAACGAGGAGAUCCGGGACCUCCUGGAAAGGGUGAACGUGGUGAGACAGGCCCAACAGGACCAAAGGGGGCGGAAGGGGAGCCAGGAACACCAGGCCUCAAAGGAUCUAAGGGGGACACUGGAGACAAAGGAGAUGUUGGACUUAAAGGCCCCACAGGUCCAGCUGGAGAGAAAGGUGAUCAGGGCACAACUGAAAUAAUUGACUACAAUGGAAACAUCCGAGAAGCGCUUCAGAAGAUAACCACUAUUACAGUGACGGGUCCCCCUGGGCCUCCUGGACCAAUUGGACCACAGGGCAUUAAGGGUGCUCAAGGUCCUCCAGGUCUUCCAGGGCUUGAUGGAGAGAGGGGUCACAAGGGUUCAAAAGGAGACAUGGGAAUGCCAGGAAUGUCUGGCGAUAAGGGAUCUGUGGGUCUGCCCGGUCUACCCGGUAUCAAUGGUCAAAAAGGAGAAAAAGGUGAUAAUGGCUUGCCUGGACCUCAAGGACCAUCUAUCAUAGGACCUCCUGGGGCACUUGGUCCACAUGGUCCACCUGGUCCAAUGGGCCCUCAUGGAUUCCCUGGACAAAAGGGGGAAGCAGGUUUGCCUGGUUUAAAAGGAGCACGCGGGGAGCCCGGGCCCAAGGGUGACCGUGGACCCCUGGGCCUCCCUGGAGCAUCUGGCUUGGAUGGCAAGCCAGGAAUAAGGGGUACAGAUGGCCCAGUUGGUGCUCCUGGUCCUGCUGGUCCUAAAGGAGAUAGAGGUGAAAAGGGGGUUACAGGUGAACCUGGACCAAGAGGACCAUAUGGAUUGCCUGGUGCCGCUGGGACACCUGGCUUGGAUGGUUUCCGGGGCUUUAAGGGUGAAAAGGGCGAGCCAGGCCAACCUGGUCUGGAUGGGCUGGAUGCCCCGUGCCAAUUGGGGCCAGACGGAUUACCAAUGCCUGGUUGCUGGCAAAAGUGAACAAUCUAACUCAACCCGC